ACUCGCUGCUCAUCGAAACCUACAUACGCGACUCCCAGGAGCGCAACUUCCUGUUCCACGCCAUCGACAACAUCCCCUGCAUCCGCAAGAAGGCCGACUGGGCCCUACGCUGGAUCGAUAACCGCGAUGCCAAGUUUGGCGUGCGUCUGGUGGCAUUCGCUGCCGUCGAAGGCUCCUUUGCCUCGAUCUUCUGGCUCAAGAAGCGCGGCCUCAUGCCCGGCCUGACCUUCUCCAACGAGCUCAUUUGCCGUGACGAGGGCCUGCAUACCGACUUUGCCUGCCUGCUGUUCCAGCACCUGCAGAACCCGCCGUCCGCCGAGCUGGUCCUGCAGAUCAUCGUCGAGGCUGUUACCAUCGAGCAGGAGUUCCUGUCAGAGGCGCUGCCUGUUUCACUCAUUGGCAUGAACGCCAAGCUGAUGUGCCAGUACAUCGAGUUUGUCGCUGAUCGUCUGCUGGUUGCCCUCGGCCAGCCCAAGAAGUACCUUUCGACCAACCCCUUUGACUUUAUGGACAUGAUCUCCAUGCAGGGUAAGACUAACUUCUUUGAGAAGCGCGUCUCCGACUACCAGAAGGCCGGCGUCAUGAUGGGCAGCCAGGGCAACGCCCGCGAGACUGUUUUUGACCUCGAUGAGGACUUUUAA